GUCUCCAUAUCGUUAAAGUAUUGUUUUUGAAGAAUGGCUUCCCGCCAAUGUUUGGGGCCUAUUCCUUUUGAAAUUGAAUGGGCUUCAAACUUUGGUGUUUCAAGACAAUAGAAGGCUUGACCCAGUCUUUUUUAUAGAUCAGUGAGUUUAAGGCCUGUUGAAUUUGAGGCUGCGUGCAAACGAAGUUCCAAGUUUGUUGACAUAUUUGAUGAACAGAAACGUUUUGUGGACGGGUUAGCCUUUUCGAACAACAGAAGGAUGCACCGGAAAAAACAUUGAUAUUUUCUGAAAGUUAAUAAAUAUACAACAGAAAGGGAUGAUUUCCUGUAUGGUCGCAUGGCGCUUCAGCUUGGCCGUGAAUAUGGUCUCGAAAUGGGUUUGCUGAAGAUAUUUUCUUUUCAGUUAACCAUCUAUUUCCUUUUUACUUUCUAAUUUAUUUUAACAUCAUUUUGGCAGUUUUGAAAACAUCUUUUGAAAUAGAUUUUUUCUUACUAUUUCGGAAAUGAAUUUCUGAAAUAUUUGUGAUUUUGACAAUAGAAUAUUGCUGAUAUUUCAAAUCUUUAAAAUGUUCAACAUUUCUUCUUACAAAUUGACAUCAAUUGCAAACAUAGCAAUUUUAAAUCUACUCAAUUGUUUUUGUUUUCACAAUGUUCCAAUUCAUCCCCCCAAGGCAGAUACGUUGAUAAAUAAUAUGUUUCCUUGGAUGCUUGAUUCGAAUAUAAAGUAUAUCGUGGAUAAAGAGCCCCGUGCCCCUCAAGAAUUUUGGAAGAAAACGCCUAUUUCACAAUAGGAAACGCUCAUUUCACAUAUAGGGAACACCCACGUAUCACAUCACUACGUAAGUAUACAUUGCCAAGAUUAUACCCCUUCACUGGCAUUCUCUCAUUAAAUCUAGACCUAAUACAGAAUUGACCCUGCCGAAAACUUGGUCUGAGACGUGCUCCCCCCCCUACUUCUUUCCUCCCACGGCGCCACCACUUCUGAAUUAUCAAGUGCCCAGAUGAACAAGGGUGGGCAGGCCUCACUUCUUCAGGGAUGCUGUUGAGAUUUAAGGGAAACGUAUUGUGAUUAAUAUACUUUAGCAUGACCACUGAGUGCAGGUAGAAGGGUGGGUGUUACCCCCCGGUGGGUGCUUUCAGCCAGCAUUGCACCAAACCUUGCCUGAAUGUCAAGCUAUGCUUUAAACGGGUCUGCGUGCCAUCAAAUUGCUCUGAGGCUAAUACUGUUAGAUAAUGCGUUAAUGCCAUCCAGCACUGCCGUUUGAACUGUAAUUUAUCAAAUGAUACCUUAUAAAUUUCCCAAACGAUAACCGCUGUUAACCAUACAUAGACUUGACUUACCAUCUACGUAACCGAAAGACACAAGGUGACCGUGUCUCUUUUCAAUUCACAUACAUGACAUGUGCUUGCUCUCAAAUCUAAGUAACAUAGGGUGACCAGUUGCAAACCGCUAGAUUUUAGUUCUGAGUGAAAUAAUGAGUUGUUCUGAUCACUAUGUUCUGAUGUGAAGCUCGCGGUAUCCAGAGUUUAUUUAGAAUCUAGCUCUCGGUCAGUCAAAAACACAUUUGUUUUUCACAUGCUAAGUGUGUUGUUGGGAUUGGAAAAUAUUCCACUUUCAUGAGGAUCAUUUUAGUACCUGGCUCUUCAGUACCAAGCUCUAAAGAUAUUAAAGUGAGGUUCCAACGAGACACCAACCGCACAGCAGGGAAUUUAAGAAACCCUCCUUCACGUUGUUGCUGGCUGCAAAACAUAUCUGGAACAAGGCCGAUACACCUGGCGUCAUAACUCUAUCUUAAACUUUCUAGCUACGUCUCUUAAAGCUGUUAAUGAAUCUACCAUCUACACUGAUUUACCUGGCUAUCUUUCACCAUCAAUCAUAACUGGAGAAAACCGUCACCCAGAUAUUCUUUUGAAGACUAACAACAAUUACCUAUACAUCUUAGAGCUAACUGUUGGCUUCGAAUCCAAUCUUGACACAAAUGCAACAAGAAAACACAGCAAGUAUGCUUCUCUCCUAUCUGACUUACAGCGGAAGUUCAAAUGUGUCUCUUUUGUGAAUCUUUCUAUGAACUCUCUUGGCAUCUUUGGCAAUUCCUGCAUCUCCUUCUUCAAAAUGUGUGACUCUCUCUCCAUCGAUCAACAACAAAAACGGUAUCUCAUCUCUAAACUUUCGAACAUUGCCAUCCGUACUACGUACUACAUAUUUUGUUGCAAAACUAAACCAUGAACAAAUCCGGAAUUACAUCCUUUUUAACUUUAGUUGUUUUUUUUCUCUUCUAAGUUUUCCCUUUUACCUUACGAUUGCUAUAGUAUUUUCUUGUAAAAACAGGCUAGCCGACUGGAAAUCACCUUGUAAUAGUGAGAUUUGUAAUUGUAGUUUAAGUUGAAUUGAAAACGAAAUGUAUUCAUUAUUAUUAAAAUUUAAAGACGUUAAUUAUUCCAUUAUUAUUAUAAUAAAGACGUUUAUGCAACAAAGUCUGCUAAUUGGAUGUUCAGUGCUUGAAAAGUCUGCUAAUAGGAUGCUUUUUAUUGGAAGCGACUUUGAGCGCCGUUCGAGAGAUAGUCAGGGCAGUUUGCAUAAAAGGCAGAAUUGUGCAAAUCUUGAUAAAACCACGAAUCUUUUUAAAGUACUUAUUUUUUCCUUGGUUGCGAAGGGGCUUUAACACAGUUUAGUCGCAAAAUACAAUUUCCAGGGGGCUGGGGAUAGUGGGGCUGGUCAUAUAUUAUCAGUAUAGGGCUGCUCAGGUCACUGUCUGGGAAUACAAAUGGAGCAAAGUAAUUUUUGGGUCAGUCGAUUAAACAAUUGCUUUUUUGGGUUCAUGAUUUUCUGGGUUAAAUUUUGGGCCUUAUAUAUAGGAAAAAUUCUAAACACCUUUUGUGAAAGGCUAAAAAUAUUUUUUUGGGGUCAAUUUGUAUGUUAGAAAUUACUUUUUGCGUAGAUAGUUUGUACCACAGCCCGAGCACCACUAUCCUUGUUAUAUGGGAGAACCCUUCUUGAUACAUUGAAAGCACAAAUUGUUGUUGGUGAAAAUUUACGUUUUAUUGCGCUCUAAAGGAGAGUUACAGAUCAAAACUGGUGAAUGUGUUAUUUUUGUAGACUUCGGUUAGCUAGCUUUAUCCCAAAACGUGCCUUUCUGACAAAACUAUGUCAUUUUAUUAAGAUGACAAUCUGUAAAUUUUUUAUUCUUUCGAACGAGUAAUACAAGUAAAUUAUAAUUUUUUGGUUAAAUCUUGAUGCGAUCUAUGUAACUGUUGUCAAAUAGCAAUGAAUUUGAUUUUGAAUUUGACUGAAUUACCUCUAUGAAUUUUCGGAAUCAGUUAUGGAAUUGAAAUGUUACACCCCUCAGCAACCGUAUCGUUGAGCGUACAUGUCUGUAGACAGCUGUUGGCUGGCUAUAUGAUAGCAUCAUUCGCUCAUGACACACAAUCAAUGUACAUUCUUGACAUGGAUAUCAACAGUUUACCGGCUCUCGCUGAAUUUCAACUGAAUUCUGACAAACCAAAGCAAGUAAGAAUUCAUCAUAGGAAUUAGAUUGCAACUUUAUCUCCCUGGACGAACUUUCCACAGCUUUGAUCAGCUAGCAUUUGCUAUCAUCUUCUCGUCAGUUCAUGUGAUGAUUUUAUAAUCGAUACAAGGGUUUUCAAAAGAUAGCAGUCUGCAAAUUCCACUGACUAUCCUGUCUGGUACGUCGAGGGUCUGGCGAGCAAGUGGACAAUACAUUAUUUGAAUAAACCUGACACGAUGAAGCAAAGGUUGGCUCAUCUCCUGCAUCUCGUUUUCGUUCUUCUUGCUAUAAUGCAGUGCCUUGGCCGACCAAGAAGAAUCUACUUAAAGAAAGCUAAAAAUUCGCUUUUGCGUUUCCUGAAAAGUCCGAGAACCAGUCCACAGGAACUCUUCUGCCCAAGGAACAUAGAAGGAGACAAUUUCAUUGUAAAAACAAGCGAGAAAAUUAAUGGCUGUGGAGAUGAAUACAAUUUGUGCAAUGGAGAUUCGGAGUGUGGCCCUGGCCUAAAGUGCUGUCCUUCUGGCUGUAUUUACAAGUGUGUUGUUCCACAGCCAGUUCGGAGAGCUGUUGCCACCGACUGGAUUGAGGAGCCACAACCUUUAACAGUUGGAGGUAGUGCUUGGCUUAUAGAAGGAGAUGGAAAGGGGCAUUCCCCAGAAAUUGAUUGCAGCACAAGCAAAUUUCCAGGAAUUGAGCCUAUCGGUUGUCCAGCUGGUUACUUUUGCCUGAUAAAAGAGGAAGAAGACCCCUUCAAACAAAUGCCAAAUAGAGGAGUAUGUUUAAGAAGAAAAACAACGAAAGAUUCAAGCGAUUUCGCCGACACUCGUGAAAAAGAUUUAUCAGCUCCUUCUAAAGGUUGCUACAUAAAUGGAAAGGAAGUCCCAAAUCAACACGUGGCUGUUCUGAAAUGUAAAAUUUGUUUCUGCAUCCAUGAACAUGUCUUUUGCCGAGCAACUUCCUGUAAGGAUGAAAUUAAAACUGAGCAAUCGUAGGAUAUCCAUGGUGACGUCACACGAGUUAAAAGUACUUGUAUAAUAUUUCUAUGUCAAUAUCACACUAAAAUCUGGAACAGAAUAUUCUUAUCGCCAA